GAUCAAUGGGUUCCUAAAUAUGAAAUUUUGUUUCAAAACAUGCUCUUAAGUCUGUACACUUUUUUCCCACAUUGUCUUUUCAUAUAGAGCCAUCCGCUUACUGUUUGAUGAAGACGAUGGCUUGGAAACUCCUCACGAAUCUACCAAACUUCUUCGUGAGCUGCUGCUAAAGCACUUCAAUAUACAAAACAAAGUUGACAUCUUGGAGCAUCUCUACAGCAAAUUUCAAAAGUCGAACAUUGCAUCAUUUACGAAAACUAUGGCGCAGCAUAGCGACGACCCAAUGAUACAUAAACUAUUUUUUGACGCAGGUGAAAUCCUCGGCAAGCAAUUUGUGGUUGCAGCUGGUCAUUUGCCAAGUGACCAACGUGCCGAAGUCAAUCUUGUUUUAGUCGGGUCGGUUUUCAAGUCAUGGAAUGUGAUAAAAGAAGGUUAG